AGGUUCUGACACCCUCUUGGCAGAUAAGCCAUUGCUUGAAUCAUCAAGCCUUGCCUAUUUGCCGGUGGGACGCUGUGACCUUGUCGACACGCACACCAUGUUCUUCCUCACCUACCUCUACUACAAGCUCCUCGCCGUCUUCUUCAGGCGAUACUUUGCCCGCAAACUCCCCAACGCCAGCCCCGAUGAAGUCCUGCAAAUACAGUCGCGCGACGCCGGGCGAACGAUCAAAGUCCACCUGUAUCGCAACACAUCGUCUUCCACCUCCAAACCCGCACCGGUGCUGGUGAACUUCCAUGGCAGCGGCUUCAUCUUCCCGCGCCACGGCGCGGACGACCCCUUCUGUCGGCAGAUGAGUCGAGAGACCGACCGGACCGUUCUCGAUGUCCAGUACCGCCUCGCGCCCGAGCACCCCUUCCCCGCGGCGCUGAAUGACGCGGAGGAUGUGGUGCGGUGGGUGCUCAGCCAACCGGACAGAUUCGACCUCAGCCGUGUCUCCCUGUCCGGGUUCAGCGCCGGCGGGAACUUCGCGCUGGCGGCGUCGGCGAAUCUCUUCCCGCCGGAGACCUUCCACUCCGUGAUCGCGGUCUACCCGGUCGUGGACAUCCAUACGGACCCCAGCCUGAAGGUGCCGCCCGAUACGUCCGGGAAAGCAAUUCCGCUCUUCAUGUCGAGGUUCUUCGACGCAUGUUACACGCACGGGGCGUUUGAUACCAGGGAUCCCCGGAUCUCACCGCUCUAUGCGAGCCCGGACCGCUUCCCUGAUCGCGUGAUGAUCGUGACGGCGGCGUGUGAUAGCCUGGCGGUUGAGGCGGAGACCCUCGCCCAGAGACUCGCCAAGGAGCCCGGCAAAGAGCGCGAGGUGGUGCAAGUGCGUAUGCAAGCGUGCGAGCACGGCUUUGAUAAGCGGGCGUUGCCGGACUCCGUCCAGUGGGAUGCUAGAGAGAAGACAUACGCAAUGGCUGGGGCGAUGCUAUCGCGUUAGGGAAAGCAGGGGGAGAGAGAGUAGCUUUCUAUCUCGGAGAAUCACAGUCCGCAUAGCAAUUUUUGUUUGAGAUAAAUUCUGAAAACAAAAAAAUGUAAUCUCAUA